CUGUUCUUAUUGAAUCCUAAACCAUCACAGACAACAAUACUCUUUACACCAGAGACAGAUAUGUUGAUGGCAGUACUCAUCUCUAAUUCUGUAGGAAACAUUCUUGUGGAGCGGUUCAAUGGAGUUCCAUCUGAGGAAAGACUCCAUUGGAGAUCUUUCUUGGUGAAACUUGGAGCCGAUAAUCUCCAACGUGCCAGCAAUGAAGAACUCUUUGUUGCUUCACACAAGUCAGUUCAUAUUGUUUAUACCGUGCUAGGUGAUGUCUGCAUAUAUAUUGUUGGGAAGGAUGCAUAUGAUGAACUUGCAUUGGCUGAAGUUAUGUUUGUGAUAACCUCAUUGAUCAAGGAUGCAUGCAAGAAAUCUCCAACAGAACGAUUGUUUCUUGAUAAGUAUGGGAAGAUCUGUUUGUGUCUGGAUGAAAUUUUUUGGAAGGGAAUAGUGGAAAACACAAACAAGGAAAGGAUCAAAAGAUUGACAAGGUUGAAGCCUCCCGGAGAGUUUUGAAGAGAAAAUGCUAAAUUAAGAAAAAUCCUGAAUCCAAUAAUUGAGGGCUAUCCUAACUCUUGGAUUUGAAACUUUGAAUGAAGUAAAUUGUGUUCAAUAAUUGAGGACUAUUCUA